CGGUGAAAGCCCAAACAUUGAAAUGGGUAGUUCAAUUGUUGCCCAUUCAUUGGUUGAACGAUCCAUACAAGAAGAAUAUGAGCAGAAAGAGGAAGCCUCCAAUCUUGAAGUGGAAGAACAAGUUCAUGAAGAAAAUAGAAAUGCUCCAGAAGAGGAUAACCGCAUUGAAGAAGACUUUAGAGUGAGAGAAAACAUGGAGAGCAGAGUCUUGGAGCAGGAGACUAGAGAUGGUGAACAAACAUUGGAAUUGAUUUCACAAGUAAGUGAAAUGCAAGUUGAAGAAACUGGUAAGCUUUGCAAACUAGACUCAAGAGAGAAAUCCACAGAAACUGAUGCCAGUCAGAAAAUAGAAGAGCAGACUGAAAAGAAUGAAGAAACUUCUGAAAUAGUAAAGGCUAAAACAGUAACAGAAGGUGAAGUAGAGAAAAUGAUCAUAGAGGAAGACAGUUGCAUUCCAGACCAAGGACCUGAGCUUUUUGGAGAUCAAAAAGAUGACCUAAAUAGUGAAGUUGAAGAAAAGAAGGGAGCCCCUGAAAUCAAUGGUGAAGAGAAAAAUUGCAAAACAAAUGAUACUGACAAGGCUACCAAGAAUGAUAUCAUAAGCAAAGAGGUCUAGUCAGAAUAUAAGAAGAAAAAAAUGUCAUCUUUCAUUCUUUUCAUGUCCUUUUAUACCUAUGCAUUAAGUUGAACUUU